AUGGUGGCCGCACCGGUCCAUUUCUUCUCUCUGCUCGUCCCAGUGUUUCAGCUGUGUUUGUUCCACCCAGCCCACGGCGGGGCAUAUUAUGGACACAAGCAGCCACCUCAACAGCACCAGCCCCCGCCACAGCCCCCGCCACAGCCCCUGCCACAGCACAAUGACGGGUAUCCUCAGCAACAGUUUUUGGGGAACGAGAUGCCACUUAUGCCAUUACUGCCUCAGUAUGGAAAAGAGCUGCCUCAGUUGCCUUUGCAAAAGGGAAAAGAGAGGCCACUGUUUGAAGGCAAAGGCCAGACAUUCCCCAGAGGGGCUAAAGGCCCACCUCCCCCUGGCCCUGGUGUAGAAGGUCUCAGAGAGGGACCACAAGGAAUGCAAGGCCCCCCUGGACCAACAGGACCACCAGGACCGCAAGGCGCUGCUGGACAACCAGGCCAGGGAUUGCCAGGGUUACCAGGAAAGCCGGGGCCUUCGGGUCCUCAAGGUUACCCAGGAAUAGGAAAGCCUGGUAUGCCAGGAUUGCCAGGGAAACCUGGAGGACCAGGAUUGCCAGGACCAAAAGGUGACCUCGGUCCAAGUGGCGGUGAGGGACCAACUGGACUUCCUGGUCCUGCUGGGCUUCCGGGUCCCCCUGGACUCCCAGGGAUUUCCAAACCAGGAGGACAGGGGCUGCCAGGACAGCCGGGUCCUCUAGGGGAGCCUGGUCAAAAGGGGCCAUCUGGGCUACAUGGUCCCCCAGGCCCCAAAGGAGACAAAGGAAUUGGUCUACCUGGUUUGCCAGGUCUGAAAGGACCUGGUGGACAACCAGGUCCACGUGGAAAUGUGGGUCUCCCUGGCAUUGGUAAACCAGGCCUCAAUGGUGUACCUGGACAACCAGGGAUACCAGGAAAACCAGGUCCACCUGGAGAACCAGGACAGCCAGGACUACUGGGGGAAACGGGUCAACCGGGACUGCCAGGCUUGCCAGGAAUUGGCAAACCAGGAACAGAUGGCUUUAGAGGUCAACCAGGGCUCUUGGGAGGUAAAGGAGAACCAGGCCCAUCAGGUUUACCAGGGAGUCCAGGAUUACCAGGUUACGGUAAACCUGGGUUUCCAGGGCCCAAGGGUCACAAGGGACAUGCUGGUCUUCCUGGACCUCCGGGCCUUAAAGGCGAUAAAGGUCACGGGGGUCUUCCAGGGGUCAUCGGCCCCACCGGUCUCAGCGGUACACCUGGUCCCCCAGGUCCAAUCGGGCCUCCCGGUAUUCUCGGCUUCCCAGGACAAAAGGGAGAGUAUGGUGUCGGAGGAACAAAGGGAUAUCCUGGAACAAAGGGUGAAUUAGGGCCUCCAGGUCUUCCAGGACAGCCAGGUAGAUCAGGAGAGGGUGGACAACCAGGAUCGAGGGGUUUUCAAGGGCCCAUUGGCCCUAAAGGAGAGGCCGGUACGAGGGGUUUACCCGGUGUCCCCGGUGCUGCCGGAUUACCGGGACCAAGAGGGGAGGGGGGACAUUCUGGAGAAACGGGUCACCAGGGACCUCACGGAAUUCCAGGGCUUACAGGACCAGGGGGACCAAUCGGACCUCCCGGACUGCCAGGGCAAAAAGGCGAAACGGGGAUGUCUGGUAAACCUGGCUAUCCUGGAGAUGGUAAACCGGGACAGCCCGGUCACAUUGGUCCUCAAGGUAACCCCGGUCCAAGUGGCCCGCCUGGAUUUCCAGGGCAACCGGGACAACCCGGACCUCCCGGUCGUCCGGGACUGCCUGCCAUAUCUCCUGACCUCGGACAGGUCCUCCCCGUGAGCGGCCCGUACAGCGGUCAAAGACAAGGCUACAAGAAACUGAAAAAUGGAGGUGAGAUUGGUGGAAAUGGUGUCGAGUUGCCUUCGUUCACAGCCAAGCUCACAAAUCCAUUCCCUCUCGUCGGCUCUCCGGUAAUCUUUGAUAAACUCCUGCACAACGGCAAUCAAGACUACAAUCCCCAAACCGGUACUUUUACCUGCACCAUACCAGGGAUCUACUACUUUGCUUACCACGUCCACUGCAAAGGAAGUAAUGUGUGGGUGGCACUGAUGAAGAACAACGACCCAGUCAUGUACACUUAUGACGAGUACAAAAAGGGCUUGCUGGAUCAGGCUUCAGGGAGCGCCGUACUCCCGUUGCGACAAGGAGACACUGUGCACUUACAGCUGCCAUCGGACCAGGCCGCAGGACUUUACGCCGGUCAAUACGUCCACUCAACAUUUUCCGGAUACUUGUUGUACCCAAUGUAAGCGGUGCGUUCCAAACAAAGUACAGAUAUGGAAAAGAAAACUACUUCAGGCUCAAGGGUACAACGUAGGUCAAGUUAAAAUAGUUUACAACGAGUGGUGGCAGAAUGAUCUUUUUUAUAGCGGCAACAUACUUCAUUGAAUUAUUCUUUGCAUUAUAUGACUUACAUCUGUAUCUGGUUAUUGGCAAUGACACGUAGGAGGCGGCAAGGUGAAAACUUUCUAUCAAAUAUCUCAGUUGUCAUAGUUAUUGUAUGCGUAUAUUUUUGCAUUUAUUCAUAUAUCCAUCCUCACACAAAUUAUCAGUAUCCAUGACUUUGCGGGAAUAAUUCCUUGAACAAUGAGGCUUAAUGUUGUAGAAUCGUAUUCACUUUUCACUCGCGUUCAUUUGCUUUACAGUUAUAAACUGUACACUGGGCACAUACAAUCGUACAAUGCAUUUACUCUGUGAUCGUAACAUACAGUGACCGGGUCGGGUUAGGUAUUUGGGGUCAGCAUGUAGUUGUUAAGUUAUUGUUGUUUUACCUUGUAUUUCAGUUCAGAACGAAAUAAAACCAUGCCUGAAAUUUGGCAGAUUUUUCUUAAUGACCAUUAGAAUUGGUUUUGUUUGUAUUAGAUAUUGAUUUUUUUGGUCAGUUUGUCAGAAUUCUCUGUAAUUUAUUUGUUUGACUACUGAUUACCAAGGAUUGUUUAUUGCAGUAAUUAGGGGGAAUUGGAACACGUUCUGUCAAAAAACAACACAUACCCAUUAAUAUCUUUUUGCAUCAGUGGUUUACAUUUGUUAUUUUUAGUACAGCUGUUUAAACGGUGGAUGUGCCAUUUUGGAAUGAAGUACUUAAAAACCAUUGUUCCUCCCUUUUGUUCAUUUCUUUCUCUUUGGACAAUGGUGCACAGCAUGAGCAAAUAAAAAACUGUGCAAAUUUUGGCCUGCGUUGCUGUUGCUGGUGACUUUAAAUAAAAUAAAAACUCUUGU